AUUUGUCCAAUUAAUUUAAGUUACAAUUUAUCGUAGAAUAAGUAUUAGACAUUCUGAAUUGUAUUGUGAAUUGUAAAAUGAAUUUUGUAGCAUGUAAGAGGUUAUAUAUUAGUUAAGCUAUUGUGAAUUUCUAGUAAUAAGUAUUUUAGUACUAUAGCUCCCUUGCAUUUCCUCUUGCUUAAUUCUGGCACUUCUUUUCCAACGGCAGCAAGGUGAGCACACAACAUUUCCCCCCUCUCUUAUCCCCAAUAAAUCCUGUACUCCUUAUACACCACAUACCGAAACUUAACGCCUUCUCAUUUUUUCCUCUUCUCAUUACCUCAAUAUACACUUAUCAUUCCUCUUGGCAUGAGGAAUAAUAAGUAACAUCACCUACAUUACAGUCCACACAUCAUCCCCCAAGGGAACUCCAAUUGUGACGUCAUCCGCUCUCUCAUUCCACUUACCCCCCCUCUGCGUCUAACUGGAACCCCCCAAGGUUGUGCAUGGUCCUUCGAAACCGUCCACUGAGAAACCAUAAAUUGAGAUUUACAAUGCGUGCCCAGGAAGUGUACAAAUGUACUCUGUGCCAAAACCGCCAUGGCCUCCGGUACUGCCCAAAAUUCAUCAAGAUGACCGUGGAGGACAGAAGGGUGGCAGUGCUAAGGCACAAGUACUGCCGGAACUGCCUGGCCAAAAGCCAUAUUGUGGACGAUUGCCAGUCGAUGGAAACUUGCAGGAAAUGUGGGUUCCAGCACCAUACAAUGCUGCACCCACGGAAAGUAGCCCUAAAACCCAAAGACUCCAGCGCUACCAACCAAUCUACCCCAUCAAGACAUCAACGCCAAGAGCCAAGAAGACCCAACAAUGGCCAAUCCACCUCAUCUCAGUCCCAACGAAAACCAGCAAGGCCCAACGUAAGCGUCAAAUCACGCCUAGGCCAGCGUAACCAAGUGUCAGCUGGGCAACAGCAACAACAAAAAGCCAGAAAAACCAACAGGCCCAAGGGCCAAAGACACCACCAACAGCCUCAACGCAAGCCUCAACGCAAACCCCAGUCAACCACGACACCGUCAACCAAUCAGCCCAAUCACUUGAUCCUCUCAGAGGCCAUCAAGUCCCUGGCGACCGUGCUUUGCGCCUCAUCAACCAAUUUUGCGUAACCGCAAGGCCGGCGCCAUGGACAAAUUUGGAUUUGUCCAAUUAAUUUAAGUUACAAUUUAUCGUAGAAUAAGUAUUAGACAUUCUGAAUUGUAUUGUGAAUUGUAAAAUGAAUUUUGUAGCAUGUAAGAGGUUAUAUAUUAGUUAAGCUAUUGUGAAUUUCUAGUAAUAAGUAUUUUAGUACUAUAGCUCCCUUGCAUUUCCUCUUGCUUAAUUCUGGCACUUCUUUUCCAACGGCAGCAAGGUGAGCACACAACAUUUCCCCCCUCUCUUAUCCCCAAUAAAUCCUGUACUCCUUAUACACCACAUACCGAAA